UUCAUUUAUUUCCAGAUCUAAAGGUUUGAUUCUACAUAUUAUGAUAGAGUAGGGAGAGAUUGCCAGGUUCGCUCAGGUGCAACGGCUGUAAGGUCGGACCUGCCGCCUCACAAGUCGUCAUCAGCAUCGCGAUAGAACGCACGCAUCAAGUCACGUCGCGAUGAAAUCCGGGUCACCCUCAAAGACGUCAUCGCGGCGUCGCGGUUUCCGCCUCGAACACCUCGCCGGUUUCUUUGUCGCUGCUGCGGUAAUCUUCUUCGUGUAUAGCGUAUUCCAGGCUAGCCUUGGCGGCAGUGGCAGCGGCGGAUCCACGGGGGCAGGCAGCUUGGGAUUCCGCACCCGCUCUCUGGUUCAUCUCGGUGGCAAUGGCCAAGCGUCGACCGCGGAAGCCGCAUCACCCAGCCCAUGCCCUGAAGCCCAUGUGAGAACAGAGAAGGUUACCGUCACAAAGCUGGUGUAUGGCAGCACCGUACAAAACCCGCGCGCAUACCAUGUUGUCACGACGGCGGCCGGGUUUUCAAACCACUGGCAAGCCCGCAUUCAUUACUACUGGUACAAGAAGCAGCGGGACGCCUGUCUCCGUGAGGCAGUAUGCGAUAUGGGCGGUUUCACACGUAUCCUGCACAGCGGCAAGGCAGACGACCUCAUGGAUGAGAUCCCUACCGUCGUGGUGGACCCCCUGCCGCCCUCCAUCUCCAAGAACUCGACAUACAUUGUGCUGAACCGGCCAUACGCGUUCAUCCAGUGGAUCAACAAAGUCAGCAUUCCGGAGAAAUACUUCGUCAUGUGCGAGACGGACCACCUGUUCAUGCGACCGAUGCCUAACCUAAUGAACGGCGAGUCUCAAGGUGCGGCGUUGUUCUCCUACAUCGUGCCCUGGGACUACCCGGCCAUUGUGCGCAAGUUCAUCGGCAAUGUGAGCGACGAGGAGAUUCACCGUGUGCCGCAAAUCGGCAACAGUCCCACCUUUGUGAGCGUGGACGAGUUCCGCGUCGUGGCACCUCUCUGGUACAACACCACGCUGGAGAUUUACGAGGACAAGGAAGCGCAUGAUGCGUGGAACUGGGUGCUGGAGAUGUACGGGUACUCGCUGGCGACAUACCGCGCGCGCCAGAAUGUCAACAUGAAGGUUCACCCUAACAUGCUGGCGCACCCACCAUUCGACAAGGAGGAGGUCGACUACGAGGGGCGACCCUUCUACCUGCUGCAUCUCACCUACCCCUGUCGCUACGACAAGGAUGGCAACAUGACGGACAACAGCACCCUGACAGCCUACGCCUUUGACAAGCGGGACUACAGCUCCAAGCCGCCCGCACGCAACCUGCCGGAGCCCCCGCUGUUCGUUCGCAACAAUUUGGUGCGGCUGAUUGUGGCCAUGGUGAACGAGGCGACGGAAAACCUCCCCUGCUGGGACGACUAUGUGGCUACCAGCAAAGUGACCAAGUGCAAUCAGCACAAACAAGGCGGGACUGCUUUGCUAGCCUCGACGUAGCGCCGGGGACACUGGGCAAGCUAGCUCCUAGCGAUGCAGGAUGGUGUACUUAGCUGCAGCUAUCAUGGAUGCUUGUUGGAAGGGUUAGUGUGGCGCGUAUUGGGUUCUGCACUGGUGCCGUAACGUGACGUGACUUUGGCCAGGGCCCGGCGACGGAUGGCUAUUAUAUUGCGAUAAUUGCAUAAUGCGCGCAUGCUUAAUAAAGCGCGCGCUGAUUAGAGUCGUGCUACUGCUAAGGUGCAUGGUGACAUUGGUGAUUCCGCGGGCGAUUUCGUGAAACCCAGGUCGUUAAAGUCGUACGGACGUGUGUGAUCAAGGCUCCAAAACUUGGGAAUAACCUAUUUUCAUAUUA